AUCUCAUCUCGACAACUUUUUCCAUCGAGACUCAUUCGAGCCCAAAUCCAUCGCAGGAAGAAUCUUGACCGACGCGUUCGACUCGAUGGUACAGGUUCUUCGAUCUCUCAUCCAUUCCACCCUUUUCUCUUGGCCAUCUCGAGGCCUCCAGUGACAUGCCGAACAAAAGAGUCGCGGAGGAGUACAUCACCAAGGAGCACGGUUCUACUGUCAAUAAUCCUGUUGAUGCAGAGAAGCCCAAAAUGUCGACAGCUGCACAACAAGCGAGGAGGAAGAUCGCGACGCCGAAAGGCAGGCUAGGAGCCAAUCGCCCUCAUUCCUCCCUUAAUAGCACGAAUCCUUUUGGACAAAGCACUCAACAACCAUCCUUUCCAACGAUGAACGGCAGCACCACAUUCGGCACGAGCCAGUCCUUUCCUUCGACUGCGCCGGGUACGAAUGGCGGUUUCAAUUUUCAACCUCCUCAAUCGAGCUCGUUUACCUUUGGUGCACCAUCGUCAACCCCGAAUCCGUUCGCGUCUCUCAAUGGUGCUGGAGAUGCAGGCAGCAAUCAACAACAGGACAUCUCGAUGGAAUCCCCUCAAAAGAAGACUGCGGUUGGGAAUGCUUUUGGAUCUAGCAGUAUGAAUUCUGGAUUCAGUUUUGGCCAGCCGGCACAACAACAAACCGGAGGAGGGUUCAGCUUCGGGGGAAACAAGAGCUCAGACGCGUCUACGAAUGGAGGAGGCUUGUUCGGUAAAGUGUCGGAGGCGGCAGCGUCCUCUGCUCCAGCAAAUCCUUUCGGUGCUUCCUCGCAACCUGCUUUUGGUGGAUUUGGAGCGCCGGCGCAGACACAGACACCAGGCUUCAGCUUCGGUCAGAGUACAACUACCCCGGCCGAGGCACCUUCGACUCCCAGUUUUAGCUUCGGCCAGAGCAGCGCAACCAACCAAACCCCUCUUCCUGCUUUCUCCUUUGGUCAGUCGAGUACUGCACAACCGGAGCCGCCUAAAGGGACGCCCAAAUUCUCCUUCGGAGAGACGGCCACAACUUCUCAGAAUCAACCGAGUGCACCAAGCUUCAGCUUUGGGCAACCGGCAGCAAGUCAACCAACCACGACUUUCUCUUUGGGCCAGACACAACAGUCUGCAGCCACAAGUACACCAUUUCCCGGGUUUGGUGCAAAAAGUGCAGAGACAAAGCCAGCGUCUUCUUUGUUUGGCUCUUCUGCAGCCACCCCACAACCUGCACCCAACGAGCAGCGUAGCCAGUCGCCAGAGAAGCCAGCCUCCUCCGAACCAGAGCAACCGGCACCUAAUCCGUUCGCGGGCUUGUUUGCCGGUUCUACUGCAUCUCCCGCUCCUGUAUCGAAACCGGCUUUUAGCUUCGGCACGCCUUCGACAUCAGCUCCGGCGGGAACAAACAAAGAGGCACAGCCAAGCACUACACCAUCAAAGCCGGCGUUCAGUUUCGGCACGAAAACUGAACCGGCAACGCCAGCUGCAGGGAUCACAGAACCCAAAGCCGUCGACGCUGGCCCGAUUUUCUCCUUCGGAGCGAAAACAGCACAACCUGAACCUAUACCCAGCGCUCCAGAACCUCCAGCCACUGCAGGAAAGUCUACUGAGGGGAUCAAGGAAAAGGAGGAUACAACGACAUCUGCGAAACCUAUGUUCGGUUUUGCCGCGUCCGCACAGCCUGUCUCGAGUGGGGGCUUGUUUUCUCCUGCGAAGCCGACUUCUGUCAACGAGGACCGUGACCAACUGAAAGGAAUCUUCGGGCUGUCGAAACCCACAGCAGAGCCAGUUGCAAAGCCAGCCUUUGGCGGAGUGUCCAAGCCGACGCCGACAACAGAGAGUAGCAAGCUUCCUUCAGAAGCACUCCCAGCGCAGAAGCCUUUGUUUGGAGCGACACCUCAGCAAGAAGCACGAGUCGCGGAGGUUGGUGCCAAAACAAGCCUGUUCGAACCGAACAGAACUGCACCACCGUCAUCGAACGAGACGGCAAAAGAGCCGACAGCAACUCUCGAACCUGCGAGACAGCGUGUCUACACGAAAGCAUCCUCCUCCAUGCCCGGCCAUCUGACAGCUGAGAAGUAUCAAGAGUAUGAUCGCGACUACCGGCUGCACUCAUUAAAUCGUGAGUUGCAACACAGAAUCGCGCAAUUGGACCCCGAUCUACACGACUUUGGCAAUAUCAUCCGACAUUACGUUGCAGCUCGCGACGGUAUUGGCGCUUCACUGGGACUCUACAAGCGCAAUGUCGUGGGUACUAAACGCAAGGGCGACGACGUGGAUCACCAUGAUGAAGAGCAUACUACGAAUAAACGACCCCGCUCAGAUGCAAGUGAACAAGCUCGACCUUCUCAAUCAAAUGCUACUUCACAGUCCUUUGCUGCAUCGUCAACACCUGGCCCGUCGGAUUUCAAAGCUGCUUCGACCACGCUCUCCACGCCCAAGCCCGCGGAUUCUUCGGCUAAGGCGACAGCAUUAUUCAGUACUAUGAUUCCACAGUCCGCUCCAGCCAAGCCUACACAGCCUGUCGCCGGAUUCAAGCCAAGCGGCAACCCAUUUGCAGGCCUCGCCCCUGCGUCAAGUGCCCCUCCCAAUCCAUUUGCAGCAUUGAAAGAGAACCAAGAUGUUGGAUCGGCCUCGAUACCGGAGCCGUCCACUUCCGCACCUUCCACAACUCCUACAAAAUCGCCACCGAAGAAACCGGCUUUCGAGGUGCCCAAGUUUGGAGGUGGUAGCACGAAUUUUAUGAGUGCUUUCGGGCAGCAGGCAAAAGCGAGUGCGGAGAAAUUUGAAAAGAACCUUAUCGAGAAGCGUAAAGCUGAGGACUUUGACUCCGAUGAAGACGACGAAGAGACUUUCCAAAAGCAGAUCGAGGAAGAGGCUCGGGCCAAGCGGGCUAAGAUCGAUGCUAUUGCGAAGGGAGGCUUUACUCCAUCGUUCAAAGCCACGACUGACUCGACUCCUUCGCAGCCGUCUUUCAACUCUGGAACGCCUUCACAGAUGCAGUCCGCUUUCAGCGGCCUCAAGGGUGCUGCGGCCAAUCCAUUUGCAGCUUUGACUUCAGCAGACACCAGCGCAGAUCAAUCGCAGGCUGAAGAUGAAGACGAAGGUGAAGAGGACAGUGGAUCCUCUGGUGACGAUGAGGAAGACGCCGACCAAGAUGCCCAGGAGGACGAAGACUUGGACAUAAACGUUGAAGAUGAAGACGAUGACGAUGACGACAAUGAUCUGCAGGCUGCUAUGGAUAAGUCAAGAAAGAAUGCCAAUGCAGGGAGGAGCUUGUUUGACCGAAUCGAGCCGAACCCGAACAAGCAAGAAACCACCCCAGCUGUUGAAGAGAAGAAAGAUACUUCAGCGAAUGAAGCUGCUAUCUUGCAAUCAGCCAAGAACUCGUCCUUCCCGCCUGCAGUUUGGGGUUCUCAUAUUGGCAAGUCGACACCGGAAACUCCCUCGUUUUCGCCAAUUACCCCAGCUACGAGCUCAUACAAGCCGUCGACGACCUUCAACUUUACCCCUACUCCGCCAACAUCAUCCUCUGCGCCCACACCGGGCGCUUCGAUCUUUGCUGGCGGGUUGACGAAAGGAGGUCCCGUCCCAGGCGAAGGCUUAUUUGGCUCUCGACCAAGUACGCCAAGCAACGCAGAGAAGUCUAGCAGUCUGUCCAGAUCGGUCUUGACUUCACCGGCUGGAACUGAUAAUACGUGGAAGCAAGGCGAGCCAAUUUCAUUCGCAAAUGGUGAGAACAAGCAGGAUGCCCCCGCGUUUCAAUUCACAGCUCCCUCGCCUGGAAAAGAGUCAUCGACACCAAAACCAUUUGGCUCUCUGUUUGGUACGCCUGCUCCGGGCGCCAAAGACACGGAGAGACCAACAGUUGGAUUUCAAUUCGGCGCCCCAGCUCCAAACCCAGCACCCGGAUUUCUAGGAGCCAUCACACAUCUCGGUGGAGGAUCUGCCACAAGCUCUGCAGUCUCUUCUCGUGCCACAUCACCUGGCCUGACGGACAACGAGUCCAAUGCCACCAAUGAUACAGAAGAAACUAACGAUGAACCACAAGCGACAUUGAUGGACUCGCGAGCAGGCGAAGAGAACGAGACAUGUCUCUGGGAAGGUCGCUCAAAAGCGUUAAUGUACGUCAACAAGGAAACCGCCCAAGGCACCAAGUUGACCCCCAACGAUUGGAAUUCUAUGGGAGUUGGCGUACUCCGCGUCCUCCAGGACAAAACCACAGCCAAGACUCGCGUCGUGUUCCGGGUGGAGCCAAGCGCCUCGGUCCUGAUCAACUCGCAUAUUAUCGACAGCGUCACAUAUGAGAACGUCGUCUCGAACAAGAGCGGUGCCGUCAGAGGUGCGCUAUUUUACAAAGGAAAUCUUGCCCGAUGGGUAUUCAAGGUCAAAACCCCAGAGAUGGCAACGGAACUUUCGAAGAUCUUGGAAGAGAACAAAAAGUCUGCUUAAUUGUGCUAAUGUAUUAAAUCGACCAUGUUUCAUCAGUGCAUAGCGAGGGAGUUUGGGCAUUGCAACUUCUUGUACAGAACACCAUCUUGUUUCUACUUGUGCCAUUGAUGGAGGGGUCGAGGAUGUCGGAAUGAGUUGGUCAACGAGUCGGUCAGUCCCACCACGCUGAAGGAUUGUGUCUCCUGGUCCAUGGGACCAUGUCGAGCUGCCUUUGCGGUGCAUCCUGGCCGUUGCCUCGAAGGAUCGUGUCUCCUGGAUCUCAUGACCCUGUUGAGCUGCCUUCGAGGUGGUUGCCAUGAGGAUGUGUCUCCUGAGCUCAUUGUUUGAGAUCUCAGUCGAGAUACCUCGACGACCGGGCUUCUAACGACUGCCACUGACAUGAGAAGAGAAAUCCCUUGGUUGGAAAUUUGGCAGGCACCAAUUGUAUGAUAGAUGAUCAAUACACAGAGUUCUUGCUUCAAUACGAGGUUGACUUGUAUGGCAAAGCGCCACAUUCUG